UAAUUGUUUCAAUUCCCCAAAUCGAGAUUUGCUCGCGUAUAAAAUAAAUCUUCACUGAUUUACCGAGUUGUCAGGCAGCCCUACUGUUCACAAUGCCCGCUCCAGAUGUCUCGAUUCCCACAAAUGUCACCCACCCUGUUGUGGGACACGUGAACCUCAUGGUCGACACGUUUCUCGCGAACGUCGAUUCUGACGACUUGAGACCACUUGUACGCAGGCUUCUUUCUUCAGGGCUACCAGGCAUUGCAAAGACAUUCGGCGAAGUCGCUCGCGGAUAUUACUCCUCUAAAGGCGAAGAGUGCAAACCCAAUUACGAGUCAUUAUUCAGAAGAGGGGAGCAAGGGGCUGUAGUGCCUACCGAGGAUUUCAAUGAGGCGCUCAUCCAUGGGCGAUCUCUGUACGGUAUUGGUAUGGGACUUGCGGCGCUGGAGGUCCUCGCUUUCAUAGUCUCGGCAACCGUGGGAAUACGGUGGAGGGAAGGCGACAAGUUGUACGGUGCCCUCGUCGUCUUGGACAGCGAUAUUACUCAAGCAAUUCAGAGCUGUAAAGAGGAGAAAGAAUCCGGGAGAAUCGUUGAUCAAACUCGGAUGCGAAAAGUUGUGGAGAACUUACGAUCUGUUUUGAAAGAAAGCUCCGAAGAGGUACGAUCUUGGGAUGGAGCGUUUCCGUUUGACAAGGCCGCUUCAUCCGUGCAAUAUUGGAAGAUAUAAAUAGAUAGCUAUCCCUAAGCAGCCGAGAGCCCGAAUUAAUUCUAUUUGAAUAGAUAGAAUUGUUAGUCAACAACUUGAUACGCUCGCAGUGGUAGGGGACACCAACCAGCUUUGGUCUGCACGCG